GAAAAAUGGCCGCUAGGGGGAUCGCGAAUUUCCGCCAGGAGUAAAGAUGGCGGUACACGUAGUAAAUCCUACUUUGCGCCGGAGUAAAGAUGGCGGAAGUGGGGUAGCACUGCGCAUGCUCGAUUCUCCAUGGCUCGUUGGAUCAGGACUUAGAGCAUCGAGGCAGGUGAGGCGAUAAAUACAUUUAUGUGCUGGUUGUCCUGGUCCCGUGAGAGCCCGUGUUAUUCCGGGGUGAGCGGCAUGUGCCCGGUUACCGGGGAGCGCGGUGAUUGGAGCCAGGCCUUUGUUAGACAGAGGAGGCCCAGCUCCGGCCCGAUUAGCCUGCCUCACUGGGGGUUCAGCCCACAAUAGGGUGACUGCUCGCUCAUUGCCCCCUGCAGGGUUUUAUCCGUCACUCUGGGACUCGCUGCAAAUCUGGGUCUCCUUAGUGCUGCUUGUAUCAUAUAUAGCCUUUAUCAUAUAUAGCCUGUAUCCUAUAUAGCCUGGAUCCUAUCAUAUAUAGCCUGUAUCAUAUCAUAUAUAGCCUGGAUCAUAUAUAGCCUGGAUCAUAUCAUAUAUAGCCUGUCUCAUAUCAUAUAUAGCCUGUAUCAUAUCCUAUAUAGCCUGGAUCAUAUAUAGCCUGGAUCAUAUAUAGCCUGGAUCAUAUAUAGCCUGGAUCAUAUCCUAUAUAGCCUGUAUCAUAUAUAGCCUGUCUCAUAUCAUAUAUAGCCUGUAUCAUAUAUAGCCUGUAUCAUAUAUAGCCUGUCUCAUAUAUAGCCUGUCUCAUAUCAUAUAUAGCCUGUAUCAUAUAUAGCCUGUAUCCUAUCAUAUAUAUAGCCUGGAUCAUAUAUAGCCUGGAUCAUAUAUAGCCUGUAUCCUAUCAUAUAUAGCCUGUAUCAUAUAUAGCCUGUCUCAUAUCAUAUAUAGCCUGUCUCAUAUCAUAUAUAGCCUGUAUCCUAUCAUAUAUAGCCUGUAUCCUAUCAUAUAUAGCCUGGAUCCUAUCAUAUAUAGCCUGGAUCCUAUCAUAUAUAGCCUGGAUCCUAUCAUAUAUAGCCUGGAUCCUAUCAUAUAUAGCCUGGAUCCUAUCAUAUAUAGCCUGGAUCAUAUAUAGCCUGUAUCCUAUCAUAUAUAGCCUGGAUCCUAUCAUAUCCUAAUGUUUCUAAUACCCCACCUCCUGUAGUCUGUAAGCUCGUUUGAGCAGGGUCCUCUUCAACCUAUUGUUCCUGUAAGUUUUCUUGUAAUUGUCCUAUUUAUUGUUACAUCCCCCCUCUCAAAAUAUAAUAUAAGCGCUACGGAAUCUGUUGGCGCUAUAUAAAUGGCAAUAAUAAUAAUAUCAUAUAUAGCCUGCAUCAUAUCAUAUAUAGCCUGCAUCAUAUAAAGCCUGUAUCAUAUCAUAUCAUAUAAAGCCUGUAUCAUAUCAUAUCAUAUAAAGCCUGUAUCAUAUCAUAUCAUAUAAAGCCUGAAUCAUAUCAUAUAAAGCCUGAAUCAUAUCAUAUAAAGCCUGAAUCAUAUCAUAUAAAGCCUGUAUCAUAUCAUAUCAUAUAAAGCCUGCAUCAUAUCAUUUCAUAUAUAGCCUAUAUCAUAUCAUAUAGCCUGUAUCAUAUUAUAUCAUAUCAUAUCAUAUAUAGCCCCUAUCAUAUCAUAUAUAGCCUGUAUCAUAUCAUAUAUAGCCUGUAUCAUAUAAUAUAUAUAGCCUGUAUCAUAUCAUAUAUAUAUAGCCUGUAUCCUAUCAUAUAUAGCCUGUAUCCUAUCAUAUCCUAAUGUUUCUAAUACCCCACCUCCUGUAGUCUGUAAGCUCGUUUGAGCAGGGUCCUCUUCAACCUAUUGUUCCUGUAAGUUUUCUUGUAAUUGUCCUAUUUAUUGUUACAUCCCCCCUCUCAAAAUAUAAUAUAAGCGCUACGGAAUCUGUUGGCGCUAUAUAAAUGGCAUAUAAUAUAUAAUAUCAUAUAUAAAGCCUGCAUCAUAUAAAGCCUGUAUCAUAUAAAGCCUGUAUCAUAUCAUAUCAUAUAAAGCCUGUAUCAUAUCAUAUAAAGCCUGUAUCAUAUCAUAUAAAGCCUGUAUCAUAUCAUAUCAUAUAAAGCCUGUAUCAUAUCAUAUCAUAUAAAGCCUGUAUCAUAUCAUAUCAUAUAAAGCCUGUAUCAUAUCAUAUCAUAUAAAGCCUGUAUCAUAUCAUAUCAUAUAAAGCCUGUAUCAUAUCAUAUCAUAUAAAGCCUGUAUCAUAUCAUUUCAUAUAUAGCCUGUAUCAUAUUAUAUCAUAUCAUAUCAUAUAGCCUGUAUCAUAUCAUAUAGCCUGUAUCAUAUCAUAUAGCCUGUAUCAUAUAAUAUAUAUAUAUAUAGCCUGUAUCAUAUAAUAUAUAUAUAUAGCCUGUAUCAUAUAUCAUAUCAUAUAGCCUGUAUCAUAUUAUAUCAUAUCAUAUAGCUUGUAUCACAGUAACUGCCUUCAUUAUUCCUCUGAGAUAUUAUAAACGUCUUAUUGUUAUUACUCCUCUGCGCUAUCCCUCCAUAUUACUUCCCUGCAAACCUUGUAUCUGCCUCUUUGUUAUAUUAGUGCACUAAUGUCACAGCUUCUUAAUACUCUCCUGCAAUAUGGUAACUGCCUCCUUAUUACAACCAUGCAUUAUAUUAACAGCUUCUAUUUACUCCUCUGCAACAUUGUAAGCGGCCUCCUCAUCAUUCCCCUGCAACAUUCCAGCAAUACAUUUGUUACUUUCCCAGCCACAUUGCAACUGGCCCGCUCAUUACUCCCCCCACGCAGUAUUGCAACUGGCCCCCUCGUUACUCCUCCCAUGCGGCAUUGCAUCUGGCCCCCUCGUUACUCCCCCCACUUGGCAUUGCAACUGGCCCUUUCGUUAUUCUCCCCCCAUGCAGUAUUGAAACUAUGUUUACAUUGCAGGGUUAAUCCAGCCUCUAGUGGCUGUUUUCCUGACUGCCGCUAGAGUAGCUUCCGCGACACUCAAUGCGAAAAUCGCAUUAAAUACGCAGAACGUCCAUAGGAAAGCAUUGAGUAAUGCAUUCCUGUGGGCGGUUUGAAUGCGCGGUUCUUGGCGUGCAUGCGCAUUCGACUCCAUUUGGGAGAUGAUGUCGAAGGGGGAGGAAAGCUCACCAGCGUCAAGGGAGCCUGGUGCUGGAUUAAGAUAAGUGGCUGAAUGGGGUUUUAACCCCUCCAGCCCCGCGGGAGGGCAGCCCUGAGGGUGGGGGGGACCUAAGGACUAUAUAGUGCCAGGAAAACGUUUGUUUUACUGGUACUAUAGUCGUCCUUUAAUAAUAUAAAUGAUUAAAGGAUCACUAUAGGGUCAGGAACACAAACAUGUAUUCCUGACCCUAUAGUGUUAAAACCACCAUUUAGCCCCCCUGGGCCCCUCAUGCCUCCAUAAAUAUAGCAAUAUCGUAAAGGGAAACUCCAGUGCACUGCAGGCCGCCUCUCCCUCCUACCUCCAAAUCCCCGGUUGCUGAAGGGGUGAAAACCCCUUCAGUAACUUAUGCCACCGCUCCUCCUCUGUAUUACGUCAGCCGGUGGGCGAGACUGAUCCACAGCGUGAGGACGUCCAGCGACGCUCUAGCACAGGUUUUCUGUGCUAUGAUGCAGGAAGUGCCCUCUAGUGGCUGUCUAGUAGACAGCCACUAGAGGUGGAGUUAACCCUGCAAGGUAAUUAUUGCAGUUUAUAAAAAAACUGCAAUAAUUACACUUGCAGGGUUAAGAGUAGUGGGAGUUGGCACCCAGACAACUCCAAUGGGCAGAAGUGGUCUGGGUGCCUACAGUGUUCCUUUAAUGUAUUCAAGCCAGAAGCUGUAGAUCUGCAUGCAGUUUGUCUCAAAAAAACCAAGCAGUUUACUGACAUCAUCAGAAGUGCUUCCCCAUAGGAUUGGCUGAGACUGACAAAGAGGCAGAUCACGGGCAGAGCCAGCAUGAUUCAAACAUAGCCCUGGCCAAUCAGUGAAUUGAAUCAAUGAAUCUCUAUGAGGAAAGUUCAGUGUCUGCAUGCAGAGGGAGGAGAUACUGAAUGUUUGGAUGCAUUUUAGGCAGCCAUGACCCAGGAAGGAUCUCUAACAGCUAUCUGAGGAGUAGCUAGUGAAGUUAUCACUAGGCUGUAAUGUAAACACUGCAUUUUCUCUGAAAAGACAGUGUUUACAGCAAAAAGCCUGAAGGUAAUGAGUCUACUGACCAGAACAAAUUCAAUAAGCUGUAGUUGUUCUGGUGACUAUAGUGUCCCUUUUAAGCUUUGUCUGUGAACUGUUGAUUUUGCUACAUAUGCGAACAUGUGCUAUAUAAAUUGCUACAAAUUUAUCAAUGUAAUAAUUACCCAUAUUUUAUAUAUUUGAAUGUGUCCCUAACUUUAUUUUUACUCCUAAAUAGGUCUCCUUGGUUUGUAACUUGUGCACAAUUUUCUGAGCUCUUGACUGAUACGUUUUCCUGCAAGGCAUACUUUUUAUUUUAUGGGGCACAAUAACAGCUGCAGCUUUCUUUGAGUGCAUUUUUUUUUUUUAUAUAUAUAUAACUGUGAUCCGAUUUAUACAGAGGCUGAGCUUUGGGUUCCAGAAGAGCCUGUGUGUGUUUUUAUUUUUGUUUUUAUACUUAAAAUGGUCAGACAAAAUCCAGAAGACAGCACACAGGUUCCUUCUACCAUAUCCACAUCAUAACGUUUUAGUAAUUACGGUUCCUAUUGUGUCCCUUUUAAAAAAAUUUAUAUAUACAUACAUACAAUUGUUGCUUUAUUCAAGCAGUGUUUGUUUUCCAGAACAUAGCCGGCAGCUCAGAAGAUCUCUUCUGAUGUUUGAAACUCAGGAGAAAUGAAGGGGUGAGUUUCAUGGCUUCGCACUUUAAAGAGCCCCUCCAGGUGCUACUAUAUAAGCUUGUAGAAAGUACUUGUGAUUAGUUAGUAAGAUCAGUAAUAAGAAACAUGAGAAUAAUUUUUUUUUAUUUAUUUUUUUUCCCCUUUCUUUUCCUAUUUUUACUGCUGCCUCUAUCUGUCUUGGGUCACAGCGUAUUCUUUUGUCAUAGAAGUUGUUACAAGUUUGUUGCUGUUUUCCUGGCUACUGUGCACAUCACACAUUCCCCAAUGUAUUGGGUAUUUGGAUUGCGUUUUUUUUCAUCUACCUUUCAUUCCUUUACUUUCACUUGCUCUUUACUGAUUUAUUCUCUUAUCCCCAUUUUUUUUUUCUUCUCAUCUCUAUUUGAUUUGUUUUAAAGGGACUCAACAUGCUGACACAAAUUCUGUUUUUAAUAAUAUAUAUAUAUAUAUAUAUAUAUAUAUAUAUAUAUAUAUAUAUAUAUAUAUAUAUAUAUAUAUGCAUUCUAGCUGAAUAAAACGUAUUUAUUUAUGUACAAUCACACAAAAAUAAAUUCAGCGCGGAAGCAAAGUGAUAAUAGUCCAAAAGCAGCUGGAACACAAAUACGGAGUCUCUCUUUUCCGAUCAGAAAAUUGGAUAAAAACAGGGGGGUAGGUGCAGCACCUCAGUAAUCCUUAACAAGGUAAACGUGAAGAGAACCAGAGAAGGAAUAAUAGUGUAGUAUUUAAAACUGUAGUGGUGAUAAGUAAAAUAAAAGAUGUGCACUCACACUUUCCUGGAGCUUCAAUACAGCUCCAGUGUAUGCGCCUGGGCGGAAUAAUCCCCGUCUAUAGAUCAAGUGCAGAGGCAGUUUUUCAAGUUAUAGGUGUGGUAGGGGGUAUCCUCAUAAAAAAAAAUAAAAUAAAAUAAAAAUCGUAUAUGGUGAAGUAUGUAGAGCUAUGAAGCAAGGGUAGGUAAAAAGUACAUAGUACUACACUACACUAUUAUUCUUUCUCUGGUUCUCUUCACAUAUACCAUGUCAAGGAUUACUGAAGCACUGCACCUACCCCUCUGUAUUUAUUUGUGUCAUACUGUUCCAACUUAGCUGUACAGAAUUUCUGUAUGUGUCUAUACCCUAUCUAUCAUCCUUCACGUUCUAUGUUUUCCAGAGGGAUAGAGGGGAAUGCCAGGUUAGAGUGAGUUCUCUGAGCUUUAUUCUGUCAACCUGCACUAUUAAAUAUUUUUGCAAUCUCUGUUAAGUAGCCCUUCACAUAACAAUAAUAUUCAGAUUACAAAGAAUCUGUUAUGCAGGAGUCAGUUUUUUAAAAGAUGUGUUUGCACAUGUCUAAUACUUUACACUAAAUUAAUGUUUAUUAAAUGACCAUAAAGACUUUGUUGGAAUUCAACUGAAAUUCCAAUCCAGUCAAAAGAUUUAAAGUAGGGACUACAUUGUCUUACGUAUUUUUAAUACGCUUGGCAAAAAGGCAGAGCUACCACUGUCAAGUCCUCAGUCAUUAUCUUCAAUAGACAUCAGUGUUGUAUGCUCAUGCGUGCGCAAGAGUACAGUACUAAUGUUGACGCGUGGCAAACAAAGCUAAAGAGGACCUCGCAGAAGAUGGUGGCAGUCGCGAGGAACUGAUGCAGAUAAGUAAAACUUACCAUUCUCAGCACUUCAUGUCCACCUCACGGCAAGUGGAGCAGUCACUAUCUGUGAUCUUUGCAAAAUAUGCAUAGACCCAAGUAGAUGACAGAGCUGCUUUAAAGGAUCACUAUAGGUGAGGAACACAAACCAUGUAUUCCUGACCCUAUAGUGAAAACCCACCAUUUAGGUGGCUUCCCCCCCACCCUCUCCACCUUAUUUUCAGCUCUCCACAGGUCUGCCAGCGCUGGCCUCACCUUCUUGGUGACAUCAUAAAAGUUGCUAAUUUUUAGCCAUGAUGAACGCGUUGGAUUGGCUAAAAUCGGCAAGGGGGCGGGGCCAAACAGCACCACCUCAUAGAGAUGCAUUGAAUCAGUGCAUCUCUAUGAGGAAAAUUCAAUCUCCCCAUGCAGAGCGUGGUGUUGCUGAAUGGCAGGGCUGCCUACCUGUGCAGCCCUGAGCCAGGAAGCCCCUCCUGUGGCCAUCUGAAGAGUGGCCACUUGGAGGUGUCCCUAGAGACAAUGUUUGCAUAAAAAUGCCUUAAGGGAGCUAUUAUACUUACAAGAACAACUACAUUAAGCUGUAGUUGUUCUGGUGACUAUAGUGUCCCUUUAAUGGUGCUAUUGAGUUUUAGAAGAUUUGUGGGAUCAUAUGUGUUGUUUGUAGGUUGCAUCAUCCUUUUUAAUAAACCUAGCUUAUGAAUAUCUUCCAGACAGCAGAAAGCGGCAGAAAUUGAAGACGGAAAUAUCAGAGUACAGGAAGGUGAGUACUUGUCUUUCCUUGGGUCUCUACAAUGAUCCUACAUGUGUUUGUGUAAAUAUAGUGAAUUCUUACUGCCCUUGAGGCAGUCUUGGCACAGAAGGAGGAUUUAGACAAGUCAUCAUGUGAUCAAAGUCAGACACUUGCCGUGUGCAUAUCUGUGGCUUUUUAAGUCUUGGACUGGGCAUUAGAGAUCUAGAACAGAAAGCUACAUUUUUGUUAGGAAGUGGGAGAGAAACCUGUUUUUCCUUUUCUUCUAUUAACUGAUUUUAAUUCCCAUAAGGUGCAGUAGCAACUGGAGAAGAUCCAACAAGCGUAGCAAUUGCCAGCAUCCAGUCCGCAGCCACAUUCUCUGAUCCUGGAGUAAAAUAUGUCUUCCGCACAGAGAACGGUGGAGCACAGGUACUAAAUCCUUUAAUGCUGUACAUAACGUAUCAAAUAUUUAUUCCAAAAUGCCUACAUAAAGGGAAAUACUACCCCAAAAAUGUAUGUGAGGGAUAAUUACUGCUUUACUUGUACAUCUUUUUUGAUCACACUUUUUCAGUCAGUGAAUUUAGUGCUUUGCCAUUUCUGGGAAUAAAGUGAAUUCAUACCUUGAGUCUGGAUGAUAUUGCAAUACAUCUUCCAAAUUAGCUUGAAUAUAGAUCAAACUCUGCCCCAUCUAUGCUGAUUUACCGUUCUCAUAAUUCUCUGUUUGUCUGUUGCAUGCACAGAAUUCUGGUAGCUAUAGGCCAUAAACUUCAUGGGGGUAAAGGGAGUUUGGGAUCCCUAAUUUAGAUGUCUGUCUAAAGAAAGAAACACUGAAAGAGCUCUGGGCGAAGUAGGAGGAGCACCAGGAGAGAGCAGUAUCUCGUAGACCAAGAUUAUGGAGAAUGAGACGAAGCUGUUAAUGAUCAACAGGGUCAAAGGCAGUAGAAAGAUCAAUGAGAAUUAGGAUAGAGUAAUGGGAACGAGAUUUAGCAGCAAUUUAAAUUGUUGGAUACUUUGGUCACAGCCGUUUUGACAGUGACUAAGGAGGAAUCCUGACUGUCAUGGGUCAAGCAGAGUUUUAUUUGAGCAACUCUGUCAAUCUCGCAUACACAACUCUCUCAAGGAUUGUGGAGACAUAUGGCAGCGAGAGAGAGCGGUAGUUUGACGGGGAGUUGGGGUCAAGGUUGGAUUUUUUCAGAAUAGGGGUUACAGUUGCAUGUUUGAGGGGUCAAGAAAAUGUUCCAGACGAAAUGGAGAGAUUUGAACAUUUUAGUGAGAGGGAGACAGAGUGCAGAUGAGAUAUGAUGGAUUAGGAUUGAAUUGACCGGAGCAGAGCGGAAAACUCUUCAGCUGUAGGUGGUGCGAAUGAGCAAAGAACAGCGGAAGGAGUGGGGUAGGGGAGGGAGAGAGAUCUCUUCCCUGAUUGUAGAAAUCUUCUCAGUGAAGUGAGUUGCAAAGUUGUGGCUGACAAGGUGGUAGGAGGAGGGGGAGCAACAACGCGAAGAAGAGCAUUAAAAAUGUAAAAUAGUCAUUUGGGUUGGCCAGGACCGUGUGCCUACGAGGGUGUUUAAGUUGUUUAAUUUUGCAUAGGAAAGAGACAAACUGUAGAAGCGCAGCAUAAAUUUAUAGUGGAGGAAGUGGACCAUCCCAGCUGCUUGCAUGCAGCAGUUUAAUCAGUGUAGAUAGAAUAGCUGCAUGUGUUUUGGUGAGGUGAGUUAUAUUUAUAAGGCUCCUCCAGCUACCUCUCCUCACUUUCAGCAGGCAGUCUGUACUGCAGAGCCUGGUGACACUAUAUAUAUUUUUUUUUUUACCUACACAUUAAGGAUUUGAAGUAGGUGAAAGUCAUUUUUUUGAGCAGUGACUUUUUACAGGUCCGCAGAGAGAACUGACAUCUAUCGGUCAACUUCCCUCCCAAUUGUGCAGGGAGAUUGUAAAACACUAUACUGUAGCUAACAGCCAGUGUGUCUCCAGGACAGCCAUAGUAGAUUUAUGGGAGAGCACGUACAUUUAUCUCUCUACUGUUCAUACAUUUUAGAUGUGUAGACCCACUUAAAAAGGUUGAGUGGUCAAUAACUGAUGGCGCUUUCCAGGCUGUAAAGUAUUGAUCACAAAAUCAGUAAAGAACAUCAGUAGAAUGCAAUAGCUCACUUACAGUUUUAGCUCUGAUAUAUUUUAUACAAAGGAGCACAAUUGGAGAUAUAUUGGUUAUAUGUCUUAGCAACUGUUUGUUUUUUGUAUUUACUUUUUAAUUGCCUCCUGAUUUUCUUUUAUUUGUUUGGACAUUUUUUUUCAGCUUAUAUGCAUUGUCUGUUAUGUUUUUAUUAGGUAAUGUAUCGUGUAAUACAAGUAGCAGAGGGUCAGCUUGAUGGGCAAACUGAGGGCACAGGUGCCAUCAGUGGAUUCCCUGCCACCCAGUCCAUGACCCAGGUGAGUUAGACUUUCUGUCCAUUAAGUCAAUCAGUUAUGUGAUUGACGUGUAAUUAGUUGGGAUACCGCAGUAACUGUGUGUGUGUGUGCGCGCGCGCGCAUGUAUGUAUACAAAUAUGUGUGUAGAUUGUAAAGCAAGUGCUGAGUAAGCCCAGCUGUUGUUUCCCUGUUAGGCUGUUAUUCAAGGUGCUUUCACCAGUGAGGAUGCGGGUGAAACAGAUGCAUCGGGUGCAGAAACUCACUAUACAUAUUUUCCUACUACUGUGGCGGACGCCAGCACCUCCGUGGGAGCUGGAGCUACCGCCACCACUGUGGUGACCACACAGAACAGCGAGGCUCUCCUGGGACAGGCUACAUCCACAGGUGCAGGUGAGAAAUCCUUCUAUCUAAAAUUACAUUUGUUAAAAGCCUAUUUAUCAUGAGCUGUUCUUAUGUUAGAUAAUUUCAUUCUCUCUAUUAUUUCUUCUUUCUAACUCCUCUUCUUCUCUUUGACAGGUCAAUUUUUUGUGAUGAUGUCACCGCAAGAGGUUCUCCAAGGCGGAUCACAAAGGUCUAUUGCUCCAAGAGCCAACCCCUACUCACCGUGAGCAUUCUCACCAGUGUCUAGUUAUUUUCCCCUACACUCUAGAUUCCAUCUAUUACAAUAAAUUGUAGUUUUAUCCAUCAAUAAAUUCCAAUAGCAUGAUACAACAUACAUGUAUCAGUGAAUAGAAACCAAAAGCAUGCCCCACAUCUACCAAGAUACACCUUACUCGCCCAGUUUUCACCCAUAUUGAUUAUUCACAUAUUUUAUUUUAUAUGGGUUUAAUGGAUUUGUUCUCUGAACUUAUCUUUAUAGUAAAUGCCUUGGUAAUCUGCAAACUGAAACUGGUGAGGUGAUCUUAGAAUGAAGGGCACUAUGUUAACUUUUUUCAGUUUUUCUUACAGUAAGUCUGACGGCCCUCGCACUACAAGAGAUGAGAAAAGGCGUGCGCAGCACAAUGAAGGUAUGUAAAAAUGCCCAUAUUGUGAUGUUUCUUUCAUCUUGAAAAAAAUCUUGUGUGGCAGGCCUCUCAUAUUACUAUACUAGUCUAUGAAUAACUAGAUUGACAAAAUUCCAGCAACAUUGAUAUUGCAGAAUUAACAUUUCCAAAAUAUCUUUGGCUGAGAGCACUAGACAAAAUAGACACUGUCAUCCAGGGUGGAUGAACUUAGAAACAUAGAAUGUGAUGACUGAUAAGAACCAUUUGACCCAUCUAGUCUGCCCAAUUUUUUUUAAAUGCUUUCAUUAGUCCCUGGCCUAAUCUUAGAGAUAGGAUAGCCUUAUGCCUAUCCCACGCAUGCUUAAACUCCUUCACUGUGUUAACCUCUACCACUUCAGCUGGAAGGCUAUUCCAUGCAUCCACUACCAUCCACUAAUAACGCCACAGUGUUAAUUUUGCAUAAUGAACAUAGGCAAGAUGUGGGCCCUCCUUCAUCGUCGGAAAGACACCAGGGACCCUGGGUAGCAUAACCACUACAACACAUUAAAUUAAUUUAUGAAGUGUUUGGAGAGACUAUGAGGAGCAUUGUGACAUUUCUAAACAGCCAUUGCUGAAAUACCAAUAGAUUUUAUUCCUAAUCUGUGUAUAUUCAGCAAUGUAAUGUGUGACCAAUUUAAUAUAGGAGCAAAGCUUGUGCUCUUUGAAAAGUUAUAAAAUAUUGGGAUAUAGUGGUGCCCAAAAACUAGAUCACACAUCCGUGUGCGCUUUAACUUUUCCUUUGUAUUUUAAAGCUGUGCUCCUGUAUCUGUCUGCAGGAAGCCACUGUAUAGUGUACUGUAUCUGCCUUCAAUAAAUUAUAGAAUAUGCCUUUAAAAUAGCUCCUCUUAACUCUCUGCUCCUCAGUGGAACGUCGACGUCGGGACAAAAUUAAUAACUGGAUUGUGCAACUUUCAAAAAUUAUCCCUGAUUGCUCAAUGGAAAACACUAAAUCUGGACAGGUAAAUAUACGAUUCUGGAGUGUGAAAUUUAUAUUGCUAAAGGCAGGUAUAGUCAGUGUGCUUUGCAAUGCAUACUGGAGCAUAGGAUCUGCAAAAUCCGUACACAGGCACAGUGAGUGAGCCGAAGGGUAAAAUUUGCAAACUCUUGACUUUCAUUUAUGCUUUAGAAUAAUUCAAAUGUACGCUGAUAGGAUGUCCUUAAGAAUUGGUGUCUUUGUGGCUAUUAUUGGCGCUGGCAUAUUUUUGUUGCAGAAAGGGGAUAUUUGACAAGUAAAUGACAUAGAAAAAUUAAACAAGUAAGAAGAAGGCCCUGCUCAAUCAAGCUUAUAAUCUAAGCGGAAGGAUUGCCGACACACAAGAAAUAGCAGCAUGUCAGUGGGGAGGGGUCACUGGUAGAUAAGAUGCCCUAGCAAGCAACCAGUGGAAUGAGAGAGAGUAAGUUAGGCUACGAAGGCGAGGGAACUGAGGAUGUCAAUUGUAAUGAGAUUAGGGUCACCCAGGAAGAUGGUAAGUUUUCCUAAAUAGAUGUGCUUUCAGUGACUUCUUAAAGGACUAAUGGCUAGGGCUGAGUUUCAUGGCAUGGAGUAGGGAAUUCCAAAGGAACGGGGCAACCCUUUAAAAAUCCUGUGCACUAGAGUUGGCAGUGCGGGAACAAGCCGAUGUCUGGAUAAGGUUUUUCGAAGAGCAAAGGGAAAUAGAAGAAAUGAUAGGCAAAGGGGUGAGGCGUGGGAGUAGCUGUCCGUCAGGAAGAUGAGCCUAGCCGCAGCAUUGCAGAUUGAAGGGGGGCCUUGUGGGUAUUUGGAAGGUCGAUGAGUAGUGAGUUGCAGUAGUCAAGGUGAGGAAUAAGUGCAUGAAUAGUGCCUUAGCAGUAUUUUCUCGCGAUGUUGACAAUUUGUUGGAGCUUCCAACUAGCUCCAAGUAUUUUGCACUUUGGCAGUAUAAUCCGCAAAAUACUUGGAGCUGGUUGGAAGCUCCAACAAAUUGUAAAUGCUUUUUUAUAUUCCUUUCACCUAUCACUAGAAAAUACAACACUGUAUGAUAUUCCUCUUUUUAUUUUGAAUAUUCACUGACUGUCACUCGGACCCAAGUACUAGCAAAAGGCGCUGCUACUGCAUCACUAUCCUACACCAUACCAACAACCAGAAAGAAGAGACUCUGGCUCCUGUAGUUCUAGCUGCCUAUCUUUAUUUUAUUUUUAAUUAGCGCUAGAAAUCCUGUUUAUCAGGUUUAAAUUAAUGUCAGUUUAAGUAGCAGGAGACAAGGAGAAUGGCAGUAGAUUUCAUGGUUGAGAAGGGGAGAUGGAUUGUAAUGAUUCAAGUGGGGGCCAAAAUGUGUGCGAACGGGAAGAUAUCCAGUUAGAGAAGUUUUAUAAAUUGGUCACUUAAUCUGUAAGAAAGUAGAUUCUGUGACUGUUAAAUUUUUUUUAUUUUUUACAUUUUUAAAGUCUGUGAACUAGGAAAAGUGCUUUGAUUGGGUAAUACUUGCUAAUUAGAGAACUUGCGUAGCUUGAGGUUGUUUGGAAAAAAAUUUAAGAGAGAACCAGGAUUUAACUAUAAAUCUUAACAUUAAUGAUUCCAGUGCAAGACGUGACAAUGGUAUGAGGUGCUACAUUCACUAUACUCUCUGAAGGGACUCAAUAUUAUAUUUUUCAUCAUUAUGGUUAGCAUAAUCUGCCAAUGUUUGUUUAAAAUGAUAAUAAUCCUUGGUACCUUACUGUACCAUACUUAUGCACCCGAUUACCUAAUGCAAUGAUGUGUGUUCAUUUUUUUAGUUCCGAACCAGCUAUAGUUUCAUUGUGCUAAAUAAAGUGGUAAUGGCAAAUUAUGCCUAUAUUUAAGGAUGUGAAUGGUUCUCCUUUAUCACUCAGUUUAUUCUUCCUCACUUACAUCGCCGUGCUUUACUAGUUUAUUUUUUAUAUGGCCAAACCGUGCUAUACGUUUCACUAGCAUUCCAGUACACGAAUUUCUCUCACCUACCUAAACUCUGCUUUAGUGUAAUGUAGACCGCUUUCCUGUUAGUUUAGGCAUAUGUUCGACACUGUUAAAUGUUUGUUUCUGUGUUUGUUUUUACAUGGCGUAAUGUGUUCUAACUCUACUAAACUUUGAACGGUAAACAAAUAAAAACCAAAUUUAACAACAUUCACUAUACUGUAAGACGGUAAGUUAGUAACAUAUGAGACAGAAGAUUUGUUUGCUGUAAUUGAGGCAGGUUUUCAUACAUGCAGAAGCCCAUCGUCUGCAUCUAGUGUGAGAUAGCACGAUGUGAAGAGUUGCAGAAUUUGGAGAUUGACUAGAUGUGAGUGGCAAAAACAGCAGUGUAAAGGUGACAAAUUAGCCAGCUCGUAAGGAAGGGUUAACAGUUGCACCAUGGAUCUGAAGAGACAAUAAAAAAUGUAUUGGACUAUGUGCCUUACAGCCUUCUCUGGUAGCUGGUACAUACAGCACCAGGUUAUUUUAUGAUAUACAUGCUCUGAUAGCUGAGGACUGACCACUUGGGGAUUUUAAAAAAGCAGGCUGUGAGUUUCAGUUUUUUUUUUUUUUUAUCUAUGGGCUACCUGGGAAAAUGCUUACACAUAAAUUCAUGCUUUCACACACCUCUUUGCACUACAUGAUCACAAAUUCACGUUUACAUAAAAGUUGGUUAUAAAAUUUCCUUCAUUCAAAAAUAUUAGCCAUCAAGAAUCUCUGAUACUAAUUUUGCUCUUGUGGCCCAGACAAUGCUGUCAGUUUGUCCUUGUCACUGGUUACUAGAAAGGUGAUAAUUGGAAGAGUUGAGUGACUAAUGAAUUAUUUGUUUUACUUAGAGUAAGGGUGGCAUCCUAUCCAAAGCAUGUGAUUACAUACAAGAACUGCGCCAAAGCAACCACCGCCUCUCUGAGGAAUUACAGAAUCUGGACCAACUGCAGAUGGACAACGAGGUGCUGAGGCAACAGGUCAGUUGGCAUGCUGGUCCUACUCUGCAGAUAGGCUUGGGUUGUUAGCUCAAUGUACAUGUGACUUUGGGUUAGGCAUAUCUGUUAUAUGUGUUGGGCAGGAUGCUGGUUCAUGACGCCUCACCUUCCUUUUCCUUUGGUUCCUUUUAAAGCAAUGAAAAAUUCCCUGAAUUCUUUAUUAUUGCAGUGGUUGGUGAAACCCAGUCUACCUAGACUUUAAAAAAUGAAUUAUCCCUAUAAAUAUUUGCAUUAAACACAGUUGUGGGGUUUUUUUUUUAACUGCAUAAAUGUUCAAAAACCACUGCAGUGAAGAACAUAACUGCUGGUUAAUACGGAGUUACUUUUCCCAUUAACACUUGAUGUCCUGAACCUACCUAAUAAUUAAUAGUUAACUAUUGGUUUGGAUAGAGUUUUAAUAUAUCAUUGUUUAGAUUUAUAAUCAGAGUGGGUGUUCCAUGGCCCCUGCAGGCUUGCAAUGGCAAGUAAUGUUCAGGUUUGUCUAAUUUUUAACCCUGUAUAGACAUAUUUAAAAUGUGGGUUCUCUCUCUCUCCCUCCCCCUCUCCUUCUCCCUCUAAAACUAUUACAAUCUGUUAGAUUUGAAGUCAGUGUUUAGUGAAUAAGUGAGUGCGCUAUAUUGUGUAUUUUGUAUUCAUUUCUUUUCGAGAAGCAUUCGCAUUGUGCACUCUUUAUACAAAUUAUUUUUAAUUCUUUUCAUUAGGUUGAAGAUCUGAAAAACAAGAACCUUAUUCUGCGUGCACAGCUACGUCAUCACGGAGUAGAGAUCAUAAUUAAGAAUGACAGCCGCUGAGCGGAGGAGCAGAUUCUGGGGCAGGGGGAGGCUUACUUUACUCAGCUCUUACAGCAAAGGACCAAGCUAUAUUCCUGGCUCUUCUGUGACUUUAUCCGAUUUGUGCUCCCCUCCUGUUCCCCAUUUCUUAGCUGACUUCUUUUGUUUUUGGAUACCCAGAUGAACUCCGAUACUGAUCUGUGUUUCUAUAACAAUGUAAAUAUUCUCGUCAGCAAUAAGUCAAGAAAAGGGUGUCUUUUUCCCUGAGCUGAGGACAACUUCUCUAGCCUGGAUUCUGGGAGGUGAUAUUUGGUCCUUUUUACAAGGAUUUGUAGAAAAUGUAUAUUUCUCCAUUUUUUUUUUUUUUUACGUGUUGAUGUGAUUGCUCCUCCUUCUGUUGGAAUGAAUGCCUAUUUUAGUUUGUUUUAGGUUUAAAUGUCAUGUACAGUAACUGCAUAAUUUUCACUCUAUUUACUACCUAAAGCCUGGGCAGGUCUAAAGGCUGGCAUUGGUCAGCAGUGAUAACCGUUUCUAUUAUGCUACCUUCUUUUUUUUUUUUUUUUUUGGAGCAUAUGUCCGGUUGUGAUAAAAAUGCUGCGACCAUAACCAUUAUUGGGCUGUUUUUUGGGUCUUCCAAUUUAGCAAAGACUGUUGUUCAUCAUAGUUUCAUGGGUACAUAUUUUACAUUUUUAUUUUUGCUUGUGUGUUUUAUUAUCAAGGGUAAGUGCUUUGGCAUUCUGGCAUCCAAAUAUCAGUAUAACCCCUUUUGAUAUUACGUUUCACAUCUGAAAAAUGUGGUCUGCCUUUAAGUAUGAAGUUGGAUUCAUUGUGCACUGUUUUGCAUGGUUUCUUUGCUCCAGUGUAAAUUGUCCUCUCUAAAAGAAUUGCUUUAAAAGCAGUCUUUAGUGCAAUGGUUUCAAUAUAUAAGGCACUUGUAUAUAUUGCACUUAAUUGAACUUAAGUUACGUUUUGGGUGAAUCUGAAAUCAGGGUGGCCACCUUCUUCCUCUCUGCUGUCUCCAUUUACAAUGAAAACAAAAUCGGGUUUUCUUUGUUUAAAUGAUGUGAAAAAACAAGUCAUUUUUGGUUUGUUUUAUUUGUGUGCUCCCUUAUUAAUUGUGGAACCCUUACUGAUUUAGUCUAGCAAAUUAUUUUCUUAUUCACUAAAUUCCUAACUGUAACGAAUUAAAAUCAGAAUGGCAAGAUGACUGGGAAUUCAAAGUUAAAGGGGCACUAUAGUCCCAAAAAACAACUUUAACAUUUUAACUUUGUCUAUAGGUCAUGCUUCUGCCGUCUCACUGCUCAGUUAUCUGUCAUUUAGUAAUUUAAUCACUUUAUUUAUGGGGCCCUAGGCACACCUCUUUGCAUGGUACUUUCAGAGCCUUCAUAAACAAUUCCUGUAAAAAGUAAUCUAAUAUUUACACUUCCUUUAUUGCAAAUUCUGUUUAAUUUUCGUAUCUCUUACUCUGUUAAUAGCUUUCUUGACUCUGCAGGAACCUCCUGAAUGUAAUUAGAGUUCAAUUUAUAGAGCUGGCGAUAACUUUGAACCCCUUAAGGACACAUGACAUGUGUGACGUAAUGAUUCCCUUUUUUUCCAGAAGUUUGGUCCUUAAGGGGUUAAAGUAAGUUACAUCUGAUUGAAAAUUAAACCAUUUUGUUUUCAUGCAGGCUGUGUCAAUUCAGGGGAGGUGUGGCUAGGGCUGAAUAAACAGAAAUAAAAGUAAUUUUACUCUUAAAUGGCAGUGAAUUGAACAGUGAGACUUUAGAGGCAUGAUCUAUACACUACAUCUGCUUAAAUAAGCUAAAGUUGUUUUGGUGACUAUAGUAUCCCUUUAAGAUCAAAGUAUCCAAACUGAAAAAAUAGAUGAUUGGGAUAAUUUUUCAAGUUCUGGUCUUUUAGCCUUCAAUUUCAAAUUCACUUUGAAUUCCCAACAAUUCUUGAUUUUGCGAAUACCUCUGUAAGGCCAAAAUAGUGAAUCUAUGAUUAAGGCUAAAUUGCAAAAAAAAUUCCAAAUCGGCACUUUUUUUCAGUUCGGAUUUUAUUUCUGUACAGUUUUGUGUUUUAUGAAUAUACCCCUUGGUGCUUCCUUCCCAACAAUGACUGUUUUGAAAUUCUGCUGGAUCUCUUUAAUGGUUUUAAUCAAUUAUAGAACAUUGGUGAAUAUGGUGGGAGAACAUGUUAAUAGAAUUCACAUUGAAUCCUCCUUGUUACAGAAGGGGUUUCUAGGAUAAGAAAAAAGAGGCUAUAGUUAAGCAAGUAGUUGGCGAAGACUGUUUAAAUAGAUUAAACCCUCAUAGAUUUUAUGAAUAUGGGGGGGGUAGAGUGAUAGGAUUGCAACCAGUGCUCUGGAGAUUAAUGCCCGAAUUUACAAUGGCAUACCCGUGUACCUUCAUUGUGUUGCGCACGUCUUUUCUCAUCUUACAUGGGCUGAGGGCCGUCAGACUCAACCAGGCAGCAAAAAUAUAAGAAAAAUCAACUUCUGGCAAAUCUCCUACCAAGCCUCUACCAAGCAGUAUUAGGAAAGGUAGUGAGAUUCUUAGUGUGUCUGUGUUGCGAACUUGAAUUUAUGGUAAGCAUUUGUAAACUGAAUAAAAAUAUUUAAAAUUACAUUUAUUUACCUAAAAUCACUUCUAAUUGUAGGUUGUGUUUUGCUUUUUUUGUGAAAUGGAAACUAUCCUGGAAAAAAAAUCCCAUUGCUGAAAACACUUGCACAUAACCUUUUUUUAUAUUGCCUCUGUAUGCAGACACUCUUUUUUGCUCUUAAAUUCCAAUCCAAACUAUAAUAUUGAUUUUAAGCAGAACCAACCAACUGAAUAAAUCACUUUUUUUUUUUUUUUUUUUAAAUCUCCACAAGUUUUCUAUACUGUAUGUGAAUUAAUCCAUCACUGCUCUCUACCUUAGCUGACUUCCUAUAUGGUGUGUGAAUGAAUCCAUGGCUGCUUUAUCGAAGCAAGCUUCAUAUACAUUGCGUGAAUGGAUCCAUCUGCAUGUUAUCUAAACAGGCUUUUGCUGUGAGUGAAUUUAAUACAUUGCCGCUUUAUCUAAGCAAGCUUUCCUACGCUCUGUGUUAAUGAGUAUCUGACUAAUAACCUAAUUUAAAAGGGAUCCUAUAGUGCCAGGAAAACAAACCUCUUAAGCUCCAUCGGGGCUUAAGAGGUUAGAACCCUUUCAGCCACUUACCUGAAUCCAGCGCCGAUGUCCCUCGCCGCUGGGUCAGGCUCCUCCCAGUUGGUGGGGGAGACCUAAUGCGCAUGUGUGGCAAUGGCCGCGCGGGCAUUAGACCUCCCCAUAGGAAAGCAUUAUUCAAUGCUCUCCUAUAGGGAAAAUCUGACGCUGUAGGACCAUGAGGACCUCCAGCAUCAGAUAACGGACCAAAAGUCAGUUUGGAUUCCAGAAACUCCUCUAAUGGCUGUCUGUUAGACUUAGAGCUGCAAUGUAAACAUUGCAGCACUACGUGCAAACGGGAUACUGCACCCACACUACUUCAAUUAGCUGUCCCUUUUAAUAGCCUAUAAUGAUUUGUGUGCGAAUCAGCCAUUUUCUUAUAAUGUAUAUAAAUCAAUACUGUAUAUCCGUACACUUCACAUAGAACUUUGCGACCGUGUGUUGAAUUGUUCCAUCACAGCUUUUACAGGAAACUGAUUAUACUGUGAAUCCGUGACAUCGUCACUGCUUUUUAACCAAACUUCUUGAAACUUAAGAAAGUAAGAAACAUAUACUGUUUUUGAAGAAAUUUUUUUUUUUUUCCUUCUGACAAGAAUAUUAAUCCGUUCCCACUGCUGUUUUUAAUGAUGUGAAUAACUCAAUGCCUUUAAUCAGUGCUAUUAUGUUGGUUAAACCAGGAAGCCUGAAUUUGUAGGAUGGAUAGGUGUUGGCUCAGGCGUGCUAUAGGAGUCCUCUUCUUCACUCUCUGUGGUGGAGUAUUGCUCUAUGUUCCUAGAUGGCCUGUAAUCUGUUGUUAAGGAAACCUGGCUCUGUCGAAUAUCAUACAGGAUGUGUGUGGGAGGCUUGCCAGCCUGGCUGCUUAACACCCAUAAUGGCUUAGUAGUUCUGAUUGAUGUGAUCGGGUCAUUGACUGAGGUCUUUGUUGCACGAAGAUCUCUUGGAGAGAGAGUGUCCAUCCUGUGAAGAGGGGCAUGUGAGGUUGUAAAUCCCUGAUUUGCUGAACAGAGAUAGUCAUGAGUUAUUGCACUUCAAAUCUUUUGUAGUGAGACAAAUUAUCUACCGAAACAAUUUCUUAAAACAUGCACUUUAGGAAAACUGGCCUAGUGGUGGCACAGAGAAUACUUUCUUUAAAUCGAAACCUAGCACUGGUAUAUGUAACUUGUAGUGAUAUGUUCAUACCACAAGGCAUAGGAUGCUUGUUGCUUCCAAGAACGGAGCCAAGUGCAUUGUGGGAAUAUGUUAAUUAGGCUUUCUUGAGUUAAAUGAGACAUCAGAGAGGAAGAUGACAUUUUGUUAUCCAAGAGAUGGGUAGGCAGAUUGUCUACAUAACUUACAGCCUUCCAAUAAUAUAACCCUGAACCUCAAGACAAGUAAAUAAUUUUUUUAGGAUGCGUGUAAUACAUAUUGGAAAUUUGAAGUCUGCUCUGACGAAGAUUAUUCUUGCCUAAAAAUCACCAGGUUAAGGAAAUCAAGCAUUAUAUGGGCCAAACUUGAAGAUAUGUUUCCUUUCUGGUCACAUUUUAUUUAUUUUGCUAAAAACUAAUCUCAGAUGGUUUUAUUUACUGAACAGUGCAUUUCUUAAGCAUUCACCAAUUUUGUGAAUUUUUUUCAUUUACUAUAAAGAAUUGUUAGUGAAUACAAGCCAGAGUGUCUAAGUAACAGAUAAGAGCAUAGGGAUUUUUUUUUAUUAUUUUUUUUAAUAAUAACCCAGAGACUGCCAAAGGGGAUUGCAGGAAAUUCUGUUUUGUGCAUUUAAAUUCUCACUUUUGAAUAAAAUCUCAUAAAAUGUUUCUUUGUGAUGCUGCUUUACCUUGCAAACGGAAGGAACGAAAUGCUGGAUUUUUUGCGUGGCUUUUAAAAAACAAGCAAUUUUCGGUGCAAAUUCAAAAUGGCUUUAAAUAUGUACAUUUACUCUAGAAUACUAACUGUAUAAAU